CUCGUUCACAUGGCAGUCACGUCCGUCGCUGGGGCUUCGUGGAGUGAUGAGGGAACAGACGUCAAAACGGCCUUAUGAAUAUUGAUACGGAGGCUAGGCUGCUUUCGUAAAGGAGCAGAAGGAAGCAAGAUGGCUGCCCUUUAGGAUUGGGUAGAAGGGAAGACCGGAUUGCUGUGGCUGGAUCCUGCGAGGGCUGAGGGGACGCCGGCAAAGAGAUACAAUAAGAGGGCAGCCUUGUGGAUGGCCCCAGAAUAGGCCAGAUGGAACAGGAUAGAACCAACCAUGUUGAAGGCAGUAGUCUGAGCCCAUUUCUAAUACCACCUCCUUCUCAUGUUUGCCAGGCAGAACCUUUCUCAGUGAAGCUGCAGAAUGGAAGCCCAUCCACAGAUAAGUCUCACAUUGAAAUGAAUGGCAACCACACAUGGCUGCAUUUCAAAGCCAACUACGGAACAAAGCAUGCUGUGAAAGGAAAUGGAAAUAAUCGAAUAAGUCCUGAUCUUGUGCAGGAAAAGAAAAAUUGUAACAGAUAUAUGCAAAACGGUGGGAUAAAAAGGACUUUUAGUGAGCCGUCUCUGUAUGGGCUUCACCAGAAUAAGAAACUCAGACAAGAUGAAGAUGCAAAAGGAGAAAAAGAUACCUCAUUAGAUGGCAGCAGGCAACCAGGUGCUUCUUCUACAUGCAGCGAGAAAAACUUUACGGGUUUUAAUGUGGAACAAAAUGCAGCUUCAGUUCUUAUGCAGUCUUCAAGAUACAACUGUGGUGCUUCAGAAUCUCCCCAUGCUCCCCAAAUUCAGAAUGAACAGGAGAGCCAAAAUAUUAAUUGCCACAACAGGGACUUUGUCUUGCUACACAAGAACAAGACAGUGCCAAUGCCUAAUGGUGCUAUCGUUUCUGCCUCUUCUAUGGAAACCAUGCAUGGUGAACUCCUGGAGAAAACGCUCUCUCAAUAUAAUCCAGACCAUGUUUCCAUUGCAAUGCAAAAAAACACAUCUCUUACAAAUGCCAUAAACACUCGGGCUAUGAACGAGUUGGCUUGUGGCACACCGCAUUCAUCCCAUACCUCAGGGCAGAUCAGCUCCCCACAAACCUCAAACUCUGAGCUGCCUCAGGUGCUAGGUUCUGUGGCUACUGAUAUCCACAGUACAGAAGGUUCCAAUAAACUACCCACAUUGCCACCAUGCUACACGUUUGAGAAUUCAGAGCUUCAGUUAGAGCAGCAAAAGAUGGAAAACACACACCAGUCACCUACAGAGAACAUUGAGGCUCCGGGAAACAUGAGGCAGGUUCACAGUUCAGACUACGCACUUGUCAAUCAAGAUUUUUCAGUAAAUCCCCACAGCAACCUGAAAGAUUUAAACGAUAACUCAGAGAAAUUGCCAGAGCCAGGAGAAGAAAAUGGUGGUUUAUUCCAACAAGAUCCCAUGUUCAAGGAUUCGUUUACGGCACCUCCAGUUGCAGCUUCUUCUCCUGCGCUAGAGAUACACAGUAUUCUAUCCUCUGGAGCUUCAGAAAAGCAUAAUAACCCUUCUGAGACCCAGAGUCAGGAGACUCAUUAUAGAGAAGGAAAGAAUGGAGAGCAGCAGCUACAGGCAGAAUUUGCAACACAAAUGCCUGACUUUUGCCAACAAGCACUUAGUUCUCAACAGAGUCUUCAACAAGAUGUUCAGAUUUCUAAGCCACCUGUCAGAGAAAAGGAUCUGGUGCUCCCUGCAAUGGCAUCAGGCAUUAAAGAACAGUAUCCCAAUGAAAUGCAGGCAAAACUGGAGGGUCAAAUUGAAGACGAACAAAUAUUAGGAAGCAGUAAAGAGUUACAAUACCACUUUCAGCACCUCUUGGGCCAAAUUAAUCAGGAGAGUCUAGCUGACAAUGAAAAAGUUCGAGUGAACAAUCAAUUUCAACAGGCAAAGCCUCGUUUGCAACCUUUGUGGACAGGAAUGACUUCCCCUCACUUUCGACCCGGUGAGUCUCCCCAAAAAUCAAAUGAGGUGCUCUUGAGGACUAUGCUUCAGCUCCAGUCAAGUUCAACAGAACAGCUACAUCCAAAACGAUAUUCUGAGAGCCCCGAUGUGUCACAAGGGAUUACAGGACAGACCUGUUACCAGGAUGUCACACAAUGUGAGCAAAUACCAGCACUAUACAAGAGCGAGCCAAUGCAACUGCCUACUCAUCUGACAAAUGACCAGCAAAUGCAGUUCCAAAAGCACUCAUCGUCUCCUUCAAAGAUGGAGACUCUGUUGAAAUCUCAUGAACAACAACACAAUGUAAAGCACUUCCACUUCCAGGCACAAGAAGAACACCGCAGUGAACAGCCUUUGAAGGUUCAGUCAAAGUCACAGCACUUAAAUCCUUCACCACUGGAGAAUGAGCAAUUCGUGCAUUCUCAUAUUUUGCAACAGAUGCUCCAGGCUCAGCCAAUGCAACUAUCAGAGACUCCACAACUGGCCUUGAACUCUCAGCAGCCAGAACUAAAAAUGAAGAACAGAGAACUUCCCCAGAUCAUUUCCCAUUCCCGUAGCACUCCAGAGCAACACCGUGAAAGGACAACAUUUAGUCAGCUUAAAUUAGAGGAAUGUUUUGAAUCAGCAAGCAAUUAUUUCAAAUCAGUGGAGCUCCCAGUUCACCCCCCACAAACCAGACUAGAACAGGGAUCAAGUAUAAACAACAGAGAUGCCCUUUACAAUAAUGCGUUCAAAGCAAAUGCUGCUCCAAAGCAUUCCUCCUACCCAAACAAUAUGCACUUAAUUUCUGAGAAUAAGGAAAAGCCUAUGAACACUGAGCUGUUUACAGAAAACAUAACCCUUAACUUACAGCAUAUGCAAUAUUAUCCAAAUAGUAUGGGCCCCAAACAAGACGUCUCCCAGUGCUUUCAGGAACAAAAGCCCCAGUCUCCCCCAGCUUCAGUUCUCCAAGUACCCUUCCAGCAAACACAGGCAUGUUCUAAUUCAACUGCCAACAUGUGCAGCCAGCAACCUACCCAUCCUCAACAAGCAUAUUUAUCAUAUAGUCAGCAGGUAACCUCUCAUGCCCUGGAUCAAAGGGAGAUCCAUCAUCCAUCUCAACCCCACAAGGAUUUUCAGAAGCAUGCUGCUCUUCGGUGGCACAUCUUAAACAAGCAAGAGCAACAGAUUAACCAAAACAAACAUGAGACAUGUCAUCUUAUGACCCACAAGUCCAUCAAAUCUGAAGCUGGGUCCAAGGUGAACCCCUGCCUCCCUCCAUUGGCAGGGCAGUUGGAAAACAAAACAUGGAAGAAAGCAAUCAAACAAGAGGCUCAGCAUUUUGGUUGUGAGAGCAUGCAACAAAAGAGCAUCAUUGAAACCAUGGAGCAGCAGCUGAAACAGAUUCAGGUCAAAACACUCUUCGAUCACAAGUCCCUUACUAUCAAAUCACCAAAACAUGUGAAAGUUGAAAGUUUAGGACCCAUCACUAUUCUGUCAAGGAAUUCCAGUGCUGCAGAAUUUCAUGCUUCCUCCUUAGAUCAACAGGCCUUUCAUUCUAAUGAAAAAACACCAACAAAAAGAACUGUUGGAACAGCUCUCAAUCAUUUUUUAGAGUCACCUUCCAAGUUAUUUGAUAGUCCUGUGAAAAACCUACUAGAUACACCUGUCAAAACCCAAUAUGAUUUCCCUUCCUGCAGUUGUGUUGAACAGAUCAUUGAAAAAGAUGAAGGCCCUUUCUAUACCCAUCUAGGAGCUGGUCCUAAUGUGGCUGCAAUUAGACAAAUAAUGGAAGAACGAUAUGGACAGAAAGGCAAAGCCAUAAGAAUAGAGAAGAUUGUCUAUACAGGGAAGGAAGGCAAAAGUGCCCAAGGAUGUCCUAUUGCUAAAUGGGUAAUUCGUAGAAGCAGUACUGAAGAGAAACUCCUUUGCUUGGUACGGGAGCGUGCAGGCCACACCUGUGAAGCGGCAGUGAUCAUUGUGCUCAUCCUGGUGUGGGAAGGGAUUCCACGAAGCCUGGCAGACAAACUGUAUUCAGAACUCUCUGACACUUUAAGGAAAUAUGGCACGCUCACCAAUCGCCGGUGUGCUCUAAACGAAGAACGAACAUGUGCAUGCCAAGGUCUUGACCCUGAGACGUGUGGUGCAUCUUUUUCCUUUGGCUGUUCAUGGAGUAUGUACUACAAUGGAUGCAAGUUUGCCAGAAGCAAGAUCCCAAGGAAGUUCAAAUUAUUAGGGGAUGACCCAAAAGAGGAAGAAAAGCUAGAAUCCAAUCUUCAGACACUGUCAACGCUGAUGGCUCCCACGUAUAAGAAACUGGCACCAGAUGCAUAUAACAACCAGAUUGAAUAUGAACACAGAGCACCUGAGUGUCGUCUGGGUUUAAAAGAAGGUCGCCCAUUCUCCGGGGUCACUGCCUGUUUGGAUUUUUGUGCUCAUGCUCACAGGGACUUGCAUAAUAUGCAGAAUGGAAGCACAUUGGUAUGUACUCUAACCCGAGAAGACAAUCGUGAACUUGGCCAAACACCAGAAGAUGAACAACUUCACGUGCUCCCUUUGUACAAAGUAUCUGAUGUUGAUGAAUUUGGAAGCGCAGAAGGGCAGGAGGAGAAAAAACAGAAUGGCAGCAUCCAGGUCCUUACUUCUUUUCGCCGAAAAGUAAGAAUGCUGGCUGAACCUGUGAAGACUUGCCGGCAAAAAAAGCUGGAAGCCAAAAAGGCAGCAACUGAGAAGUUGGCUUCCAUGGAGAAUGGAUCUAGUAAACAUGAGAAAGAAAAAUCAGCCGCAGCACGUCAGAAGCAGGCCAGCUCAGAGGCAUCAGCUCAUGCAAAACAGUUAGCAGAUCUGUUGCGUCUUUCAGGACCAGCUAUGUCACAGCAGCAGCUCUAUCAGCAUUCGCAUCCGCAUCAUGCCCUCCCUACUAAACCUCAGUCAAAUCAUAUCAACUCCUACUCUUCUUCUGCCCCCACAAACCUCUACAUGGGUCUACCUAAUCCAGCCAAUCCAUAUCCAAACUCUUCACAUGCUUCAGGUCCUUAUGGUGGGUCCAGCCCCAUGAACAUCUACCCAACCUCUUCACAGCCUACAGGAGCGUAUUUGAAUUCUUCCACUCUCAUGAAUCCCUACAACCAAUAUCCCCAUUACCAAUGCAAUGGAAACUUGCCUAUGGACAACUGUUCCCCCUACUACAGUUCCUAUUCCAACCAGCCUCAGCAUAUGGACUUGUUUAGGUAUCAGACCCAAGACUCUAUAUCUAAACUAAGUCUACCUCCUAUUCAUACAUUAUAUCAGCACAGGUUUGGAAAUAACCAGAACUUUGGCCCUAGGUACUUGAAUUAUGGAAACCAAAAUGUGCAACUAGAUGCUUUCAACAGUUGCACCAUUAGACCAAAUGUGCAGCAUGCAAGUUCUUUUCCUUCUUACUCCACCCAUGAAGUUGAAGAUCCUUUUAUGGACAUUGCUUCUAGACUCAAAUCUAAUCUAAAUAAGCCAGGCAUAGAUUACCUGAAUAAAAAUGGUGACCAUCUGUAUCCCCCUCCACACCUAACACAGGACUACCACUCUGCUGCAAGCAUGUUCAAUGGUCCUCAUUCAAUCCACCUUCAGAACAAGGAUAGUCAAGCAGCUAAUGGGUUGUCAAACAUGUUUCCAGGUCUUAACCACAACAGAACUUCUUCCCAAGAAGGCAUGAAUAAAACUGAGGUGCUUAAUCAUCCAGAGGAUCCUGAUGAGGUCUGGUCAGACAAUGAGCAAAGUUUUUUGGAUCCAGACAUUGGAGGUGUGGCUGUUGCUCCAUCUCAUGGGUCAAUCCUCAUAGAGUGUGCAAAACGUGAACUCCACGCAACCACCCCAUUGAAAAACCCCAAUAGGAACCAUCCCACAAGAAUAUCACUUGUAUUUUACCAGCACAAAAGUAUGAAUGAGCCAAAGCAUGGUCUCGCAUUGUGGGAGGCUAAAAUGGCUGAGAAGGCAAGAGAAAAAGAGGAGGACUGUGAAAAAUAUGGCCCAGAUUAUGUGCCUCAGAAAGUGCAUGGCAAAAAAGUAAAACGGGAGCCCACAGAAUCAAACGAGAACUUGGAACCAACCUACAUGCACUUCAUCAGGUCUCUUGCACAAAGGACGAUGUCACUCACCACGAACUCCACAGUUACCACAUCUCCAUAUGCCUUUACACGGGUUACUGGGCCUUACAACAGAUACAUAUAAGUCAAGUCUUUGUUCAUUACCUCAUCUGGUUUGUUGUUAUAUACUUUUUUUAAAAUGUCAGUAGGAUAAUAAUAAUUCUUUCUAGGCUGUAGGCAGAGAAAGGGUAAAAGACAGUAUUUUGCCUUUUAAAUUCUCAAUGGGAAAACCUCCUCUUACCAGCAAACAGCGUAACAUUAUGCCACUGCAUUUAUUGGGUGAGGGGUCACAGGUAACAUGGGUAAUGUGCUAAGAACUAAAGCCAAAGCACCCUAUGCAAAAUGAAUCACUGAUAGUCACCAGUUAUCACUGAAAAUCUGGUUUGACUGCUGGAAGAAAUAAUCCAUAUUCAUAAUUUUAAAAAAAAAACAAAUUGCAUCUGUGACCAUUUUAAUGAAAGCUAAUAAGUAAGAGAAGUCUGUUUGUUAAAGUGAACAUACUGUAGUAUUUCAGUAGCAGAAAUUUUAAAAUAUCUCCAGGUGCUGAAUUUACAAUGUGCUGAAAUACUGGAAAUAUAACUUUUUUUAACAUGCAGCUUUUUAAUGUGCAGGGUUUUGUUGUUUUUGUUUAUUUUCUGCUGUAAUCUUAUCAUUGACUUGAUUUUUUUUAAUCAGGAUAGCUACAUAUAUAACAAAGAAUACAAAGCAAAACACUGAAUUUGUUUGGAUAUUCUAAAACAUGGUGCUAUGUAGAAGAAUUGUGUCUAAUACAGCAGUUGAACAGUUUUAAUGCCUUUUUAAACCACAGUGGGUUAAAACUAUACUGUGCUAUCCUUGAACUGUAAACAGGAUCUUUAAAAAUUUGUGCUUUUGUAUCCAGUAAGCCUGGUCUUUUUUUUUUAAUGCAUUUUUAACAAAUGGGAAUUUUGAUGAGUCAGAACCAAAAGAUCUAACAAAGCAAUACAUGAGCAAUGGGAUUAAGGCAUGUUAAACCAGAGGUUUCUCUGAAACUUUCUGUUUCACAUAUUCUCUGCAUGAUGGGAGCAGUAAUGAGCCUUGGACUCAUGUGCUUCCAAUUCACCCACUUACUUCCCUGGUCCAAUCAAGAAAAACAAGACAGAGGAAUUAACUUCCUAUUCUAAACCAGUCAGUUUAGAAUAGGGAAACUAAAGAAGGGAAACUUUUUUUUAAAUAAGCUAUUAUCAAACCAUGGCUUAUGAACCUGUCUGGUUAACAAAUCAGAGUUUACGUUAACUAGACAUGGCCGUAAAGUUAAACCCUAGUUAAUUCAAAACAAAAUGUAGAUAUCUUUCUGUUUUCUCCUUGUGCCUAUACUGGAGUUAGUGUGAGGAGUGGGUAAGAUGAAGCUUUGCUUCAGUUCAUUCAUAUGUGAUGCCACCGCCCAAACUAAAGCCAAUCAGUUUAUAGCACAUUGUCAUGUAGUUCGGUGGUAGUGACCCUUUUUGCAGAAAUACUAUAUUUUCUUACAGCCAGAGUUUCCCCAGCCAGAAUUCUGGGAGCCACAGACAAGAAAUCAAAGCUCUCAAAUGUGUUUUCAUUCACUCAGAGUUGCCAUCUUCUGAAGGUCUCCUUAACCAUGUGCAGUCAAGUCCAUCCUGACAUGGUGACCAUUUUCAGGAUUGUCUAGGUGAAGAAUACUCAAAAGGUGUUUACCAUUCUCUCCUUCAGGGCUCCCUGGGACUUUGUAGCUUGCCCAAGGCCACACAGGCUGGCUCUACUUGAAGGAGGCACAGUAGAGAACUGAACUCCCAACCUCUGACUCCAUCGCCAGAUACUUACAUCACUGAGCUGUCCAGCCAGUGGAAGGUCUCCUUAGUAACCUUCACUUUGACUGUGAAGGAGGAAGUGGCUGAGAAGACCUAAGUUGCAGGAGAGCCACAAAGGGUUAUUAGAUUGGUAGUUUUUGGAGAGGCAUCCUGUACAGAAUCUAAUUUGCAGUCUCCUUUGCAGUUUAGCUUCUCCCAACCACUGCCUUCUUCAUAGCUAAAAUGAAGGUUGCUAAAGAAGGCUUUCUGAGCCUAUACCUGUGAAUAACUGAAAAUACCUCUGGACUUUUUGCUUGUUGUCUUUUUGCUUGUAGCUCUCAUAAUUUUGUCCAGAGGAAUUCCUGGUGAAUUCUGGGGUUUGUUGUGCAAACAAAAUUACAGAAAUCUUAUACCUAUUGAACAUCUUUACUGUAGGGUAGGUUUGAGGCGUUUACUGCCUGAGGUGCAGCAGAAAAUGGUUCCUAUCGCCACCUGACAUCUGUGUGCAUAGUUCCCCAGGCCAGUCAAAUUAUUUUGCCAUUCAACACUCUUCUCUUUCUUCCUGAUUCUACAUUACAGUUAUAAUCUAUGAAAUAGUGAAAGAUUUCCUGUAUUUUCAAAUGUGCUAUGUGGCUAGUGCCACACUUUGUCCAAAAGCCAAUGCUGUGCUUCUGUUCAAUGCCACUGUUUGUGGUAGAAUCAGUGGUCCCACUUCCCUCUGAUAGUCCCCUCGCAUAUCCUAAAAAUCCUGUUCUGUAGGGUCAUGAAACUCUCCAAAGCAGUUUUGUUUUGUUUGCUUGACACAACAGAGAGCUACAACAGGAGGAGGAAGGUAAUGGAUAGCAAAGUACAUCAUUGUAUCUUGGUCUCUGGCUAAUGAUAGAGUUUUGAAAUAAUAAGUUAAAGCUAAUGUCAGUACCUGUAACAGUCUUUAUUGGUAAGUGAGGAUGUAACGAAAGUACGUUCUAAAACUAACAUGAUCGAAAUGAAGUUGCUUUAUGCUUUA